AAAGUUUGUUUCAUUACACGGAAGUUAAUAUCAUGUCGUAAUGGCAAACGUAUCAAUGUUCGCACGCGGUAUAUUAAAUAUUUCACGGUCAUUGAUAUGUAGUUACGGGGUAUGAUUAUUUCGAUGACAGACGUACUUAUUACUCGUGCAUUUUGCGAGUAACAUUUAUACUUCGCGGACGAUCGCUUUCCGUGCGUGAACGAAUGUCUUUGUGAUAUCUCGUCAAGGAGUUAUAUUCAAGAUAAGGCUGAUUAAUGUUAUUGGAAUCAACUCUAUAGCCUUUACGACGUCCAGACGCCACGUACUGCUACGGAGAUACACACAAACAUUCCUCACACACACACGAAUGGAUACUGUUAUAACUCCAUAAGGUUUGACUGUGACCGCGAACCGAGUCAAAAUAUCAUAUUAAGCAUCGUUAAAUGCAAUUAUAGCUGUCUGCAUUCUACGCAGUCCAUUGUGCGACGGUAUAGCAGCGAAUAGGGCGAGCAUCUCUAUCUAGGAAGAGAGAAAGAAAGAAACACUGGAAGUGUAUUACGUCAUCACUGGCAUCAUCCCCAUCUUUCUUUGUAAUCGCAAGCGAGCUUCUGCAACAUGACAAGAACAGACGUAGCAUACCAAGCCGUAAGCAAAGGCGGAGAGGAUAGCGGUGGAAGCGCUGGAGAGAACUCUGAAGACAGGGACGAGCUUCCGCAGCAUAACGAGAAUAACCAUCAUCAUAAGGAGAAACAGGAGCUGCAGCAGCGACCGAAGAGGAAAGAGAAGCGGUGUUUGGACACGGAUGACGUGAUCGUCGAAGAGGAGGACGAGCUGGACGAUGAGUCCGAAUCGAACAACAACGAUCCACCAUCGCCCACGUCGUCAAAGGGAAGAGGAAGUGUGUUUCGAAGGACCAUGUCGUUUUUAGUCACACUACCGCGGAAGCUGUAUAGCUACGUACGAGGGGUCUUCUACACGCCACAACAGCGCUGGUCAAGGGUUGGUCACGACCAGGACAGCGAGGAGAGUGAUUGGUCAUCAAGCGAGGAGGCGACUACGUCACGGUCAAACAAACAGAGACGGUCAGCUGGGAAACCAAGGGACAGACACAGACCAAAGACAAACAAACCUACCCCUCCUCCCAUUGCGCCUAAACCGAAGAAGAAGUACAACACGAGUCCAAGUGGUUCCAGCAACCCGCCCUCAUCGCCAGAUACAACAUCACCUGACACUACGCCUGAGAUCUCCUUUGAUGACAUUGUCAUUGAAACGCCCCAGUUGAAACCGUACAAGCGGAUACACGGACCCCAGGGAAGGCGGAAACCGCAGCGCUUCUCAAACCAAUCCGAAAGCCGACAAUCCGAGCUAACGCUGGAAUCCGAUCUGUCGCGAUGACGUCGUGGUCACGUGAUCUAGUUUUUGUCGUCGCAAACAAAACUUGAAUCUAUGGAACAAGAACCAAAUAGUAACAAUUUGCCUUGUGUUGAGCAAUUUACUUUGAACAGAAUUAAAGAAGGUGCGGAAUGGUGUCCGGGGUGAUUUGUAUAAAAACAACGCGUCGGGAUGACGUCAUAAUCAUGGUGCUUAGGCUAAUUCGUGCAUUUUUGCCUUGCUGGUGGUUUUGCAACAGUUAGAACUGAAAAAGAGUAAAACUGUAAGAAGAUACUUUAUAUUUUACAUUUUUAGUCUUAGACGUUUUAGACUAAACUGCAUAAUGCCUUUGAAUUAGAAGCUGCCUUUGCUGUUGCAGAACUGAUUUGUAUUAAUCGGAGAUGAAUCUUUCAAUUACUGCCUUGAAAUUUGUCUGAUUAGUCUGAUUACACUCUGGCUUUCCAAAUGCAACGUGAUAUGUCACUGUUCCAAAGAUUUUAGAGACAUACUGUUCAUUAUAUUAGUUCAAUGGCUGGGUCAUAUCCACACAUUUUACUAUAACGCUGGCUAUUAUUCCAGAACGCACAUUUCGAUCGCACGAGUAACGUCACUCUGCAUGGUGUCCAGUCGUUUCUCACAGCGAAACUGAACAGUGCUUUCCUCCAGAUUGUACAUAGUGUACUUCAGAAGCAGGUUCGGGUACCAGGCUACCCGGUAGGACGAUUGCAUGCCAAAUUCUUUGUCAAUUACACGUCACAUGAUGUGUUGAUCUCAAUUAUUUGAAUGCGUUUCGCCAAACUGUUCACAUUUUGACAAAGCGACAGUUAAGGAGAUUCAAAUCGGGCACACCUGUCUUACAUUGGUGAUAAGAAUUUAAAAAAAAAAUAUUUGUCAAGAAUUUAUAUGGUGAAAAACUAACUAGAAUGAAGUUAGAAUACCGCAUGUACAGAUAGAAUACGUACACUUUGAUGUAAGAAUUCAAUAAAUGUUGGGAAUUUUUGUUUGUACAUUGGUAGCCAGAAAAUAUGACAAAUAAUUUAGUGCAAUUUGUCAUGGCUAACCUUCAACAACAUAAGACAACAUAAGCGCCUCAGCGUUUUUUUUAGGAACCCGAUGAAGCCCAACCGACUGAGGUAAACCGAUGAUGGAAAUCCGGUGGGUGCGAACCGGUGAAGGCAAAUCGAUAAAGGCAAGGUGAUUUAGGCAAACCGAUGCCAUGGAUGCAAACCGAUGUAGGACAUACAUUGGAUGCAAACCGAUUAAGGAAAACCGAUGGAUACGGCCCGCUGAACGAAACCGACGAGUGCAAGCUGAUGUAGACAAACCACCAGGCAAACCGAAGGAAGAAAACCGAUUAAGGAAAUUUAUAGGACGCAACCAGACGAAAGCAAACCAAUGGAAGUUAAACUAUAUAUGAAGGAAACCGAUGGAAACAAACCGAUGAAUGUAAACCGAUGAAGUUCGAAAUGUAAUAACAUUCAUAAUUAUAUCGUUAUUAACAACGAGGGCAAUCCAACAUUUAUAAUUAUAUGUCGUUCCUUUGUAUGAAAGCAAGAAAAUAAGAGAAACAGAAUAAAUGGUAAAAGUUUAAAAUAGUUUUGGACCAAUAAUACGAAAGUUAUGAUUGUUUGGACUUUCUGUUAAAGGUAUACUCAUAACUACUGUUGGCUAUAUUAUGAAAUAACAAGAACACCAAACCCAUGGAAAGAACAACUCAUGGGUAAUUUCAAUGCACUUUUAUAGCAAGGAAAUCAUGUUCGGGUUGCGUAAUACGUCAUGUUAAUAUUCGCACAAUUCAAUUUGUGAUUUAAAAGGCCAUAAUAAUUGUAUUACUUUUAACAUUUUCGAAGGUCUUUGCUCUCGUUAUAUAUAUAUAUAUAUAUAUGCAUCAAAUAUUUUUUGAAUUUAGGAUAUACCUUUCAUACAACAAUUAUUUAUCUAAAAAUUAUAUUGCAGAAGAUAUUGAUUAUUGUUUAAGCAGCUUGCAAACUGUUUGCUUUAAAUUGUAUCUACAGUGCGUAUAAAAAAAGUAUACCCCACUUUGGUAGCUUAUUAUUAAAAAUUAAUAAUCAAUGUUGCCUUGAAAUCUUUUUGAUGGUAAAGAAUAAUUUGUGUUCUGUAUAAACUUAUACCAUAUUCAUACGGAUGACUGAGCACUAGGUUCUUUAAAAAGUGCCGUCAAAAUCUUGUACCAAGCUUUGGCUAAUGAACCGCACGUUGGUCAGGUAAUAUAUUUAUGUUACCGAGGUCUUAAAUUCUUUUAAACGUUAAAUUCUGUUUAAUGCCUCCGCCCUUCGUUGUUUAAAGUGAUCCAAUGUAUCUAAGCUUUCACAGGACCUCAAACCACAUGAUAACCUUUUUUUAAUAAUUAAUAAUAUUAAGGCGCAAGUAAGCAAGGGGAAAUAAAAUAAUGCGAUUGUUGACUUGCUGUCCCUUAUCACGAGAGGGCAGUGUUCAUGAAACUGUUUGUGGUCGAACAGACAAUCGAGUUCAAGCUUUUCAUUUCUUUUUAAUUUUUGUACCUUUAUUUAUUUUACUAAUUUUAAUUUAAUACGUAUAGCUACGGAUUGCUUGUCAUGGAUUGGAUAAAUUCGCUUUUCUGUUUACUGCUUACUAUCAUGAUGAAAAUAACUAUGAUAAUGAUGUUGAUGAUGAUGUUGAUGAGGAAGAUGAUGGUGGUGAUGAUGAUGACGAUGAUGAUGACGACGAUGAUGGUGAUGAUAAUGAGUAUUUACAUGUAUAUAUACAAUUAUAUAAAAGUUGUACAAUUUAUGAAGGUUAUAUUUAGUAAAGUAACGAAAAAGUUCUGUACAUUAGGUUAAACUAUGUCAGCAUGAGAGUUUGCUUUUCUUUCUAUUUUUAAUUUUUUGAAUUUUGCCUUCAAAUGAUUGAUUCUAAUGAAGUUUUUAUCAAUGAUUUGUUUCGUAUGUGAAAUGUGAUUUUGUUAAUACAUUCUAACAAUUUAUUUCAAUAAAUACACAUUAAAUUUAAUCGAUUUAAUAAUAUUACUAUUCUAUUUUGGUUUGCUGGUCCA